AUGCCGUCGAUCACGUCGAUCACCUUUGCCGCUGUGCUUUUUGUCGGAUUCUCGCAUUUAGCGCACGCGCAGACUAACAUCACGGCUAGCGCUUGUGCAGCGUCCUCGGUCUUCUUGUCUUGUAAUCGUGAUGUCGCCGAUAAGUGGAGCUCAUGCGUGAAUGGAUGUAAUGGGAAUGGCGAUUGCAGUGUUGACUGUGGCUGUACCGCUCAUCAAGAGUAUAUCAAUUGCAUGGCACAUUCGUGCUGGAAUCAGGUGUACUCAUGCGAAUAUCAACUUUUCGUUCAGCAGUACUUCUCCAUCUGUCCUAGUGCCAUCGAACCUAUUCCCUUCUGGCCUGCUCCGGAUAAUGCGCCAGGUCGCUGCUCCUGUGAUCUAGGCAAAGUACUCAAGAACACACUAAGCGCGCGCAAAGAACAAGUCUCCUGCAUCUUGAACGUGACAGAUCAGACCGUCAACACGGUGACAAGCUCAGUGUCAGGCAGCCUAAGCGAUAUAUCAAAUAUAGGCAGCGACAUAGGAAACAAUGUUGCUUCUAUCGCUGAAACAGCUACAGAGUGUGCAUGCUGCGGAGCUAGUGCAAGUAUCUCAGCUGCAUGGGAAGUCUGCCCACAUACCAUCCCAACCCUCGCCGGCGCCGAUCUAUGGGGCAUCUUCUUCCCAUCCGACUAUCCAAAUUUGUAUAACUCAAUCCCGAACUUUGUCUGGGACACCUGUGACAGCGACUUCGAUACAGGGAAAUGCAAAGACAUCGGUUUCGUGAACCCAUCUGAUAAUUUCUAUAAGCCUGGCGAGUUUCCGUCCAACGGUACUUCAAAGUUAACGAAUGUUGAUGGUACGUUGAGUGCUCCACCUAGUGGGACGGUGAUUACUUGGUCGCAAUCUUCCACAACAUGGACAGUCACUGCAACUGGGUAUGACGAGAAGGCCGUUGCAAGCCAGAGUGGGUAUCGAGCUACGGCGACUGGGACGGAUGCAUUUGCGACGCAGACGUCUUCUGGUACUAGUUCUAAUGCGGGUUAUUUGGUGAAGCCUGUUGGGGGUUUGGGGUUGGUUGGAAUCUUGGGUAUUGCGUUGUUGCGGUAG